AUGGCACAAUCAUAUGUUUUGGGGGUGGGCAUGACCCAGUUCCUAAAACCCCGUCGCACUCGUGAAUACCCCGAACUGGGAUAUGAGGCAGCCGUCAAGGCAUUGACUGAUGCACACAUCACCUACGACGAUGUACAGGCCGCCGUGGCCUGCUAUUGCUAUGGUGACACCACUGCUGGUCAACGGAUCAUGUAUCAAUUAGGAAUGACCGGCAUUCCAAUUUAUAACACCAACAAUGCCUGCGCGACCGGGUCAACUGGUCUGCAUCUGGCACGGAACCUAGUCAAGGGCGGGCAGGCGGACUGUGUGCUCGUCGUCGGGUUUGAACAGAUGCGCCCGGGGUCAAUCAAGAGCGUUUGGGAUGAUCGCCCAAGUCCAUUGGGCCCAUCGACCACGAUGAUGGAGGAGACUUACGGAAAACACGCAAGCCCCCGCAAUGCACAAUACUUUGGAAAUGCCGGGCAAGAAUACAUGGAAAAGUAUGGCGCCAAAGCCGAAGAUCUCGCCGAAAUUGCUCGCGUCUCGCACGAACACUCACAGCGAAACCCGUAUGCCCAAUUCCGAACAGCAUUCUCGCUCGACCAGAUCAUGGAUCCCAAGACCCAGAUUUAUGGACCACUCACCAAGCUGCAGUGCUCCCCGACCAGUGAUGGAGCCGCCGCGGCCGUCAUUGUAUCGCAGCGCUUCUUGGACGCUCGUCCUCAUCUCAAGUCUCAGGCCAUUGUCAUGGCCGGCCAACAACUGCUGACCGAUGGCCCCGAGGUCUAUUCCCGCAGCGCAAUCGAUCUCGUGGGGUUCAACAUGUCCCGCAAAGCUGCCCAGCUGGCGAUGAAAGAGGCCGGCGUUGGCCCGAGAGACAUCAAGGUGUGCGAGCUUCACGACUGCUUUUCCACCAAUGAGCUUCUCCUGCUUGACGCACUGGGAUUUUCGGAGCCUGGAAAGGCACACGAAAUGGUCCGCCGGGGGGAUAUCACCUACGGAGGCCGUGGCCUAGUCGUCAACCCAUCUGGCGGAUUGAUUUCCAAGGGCCACCCUCUGGGUGCCACUGGGCUAGCUCAGUGUGCAGAGCUUACCUGGCAACUCCGCGGUUGGGCAAACAAUCGUCUGGUGCCAGGUAUUGAUGUCGCUUUGCAACACAACCUGGGAUUGGGGGGUGCAGUGGUGGUCACUAUCUAUAAGCGAGCCGAUGGCCAGGUCAGUCAGGCGGUUCCCGAUGAGGAGAUCAAGAAGCUUUCUGGUCUCGGAUACAACCCGGCCGUGGAAGCUCGGUAUAUCACACCUGAGGAUGGUGAGCGUGUCCGCAGCAAAACAAAGCACGACUAUCCGCUUCAAGACACUGCAGAGAAGCUUAGAGCACGCAUAUAA